AUGUCACUCCAAGUUCCUUUGACGCAUCGAUCCAAGGAUCAGGGCACGACCAAGGCCGUUAUUCUGGUCGGAGGUCCGUCUCGAGGAACUCGUUUCCGGCCCCUAUCUCUCGACCUCCCCAAACCGCUCUUCGAAGUCGCCGGCCACCCCAUCAUCUGGCACUGCCUCUCCUCCAUAGCCCGCGUUCCCAACAACCAAAUCCAAGAAGUCUACAUAAUCGGCUACUACGACGAAUCCGUCUUCCGCGACUUCAUCAAAGACUCCGCCAAGGAAUUCCCCUCCAUCGCGAUCCGCUACCUACGCGAGUACCAGGCGCUCGGCACAGCCGGCGGCUUAUACCAUUUCCGCGAUGCCAUCCUCAAGGGCAGACCAGAGCGACUAUUCGUCCUCAACGCCGACGUGUGCUGCUCAUUCCCCCUCACCGAAAUGCUCAAGCUCUACGGCGAAAAGGACGCCGAGGCCGUCAUUCUGGGGACACGCGUGAGCGACGAUGCCGCCACAAACUUUGGUUGCAUUGUAUCCGACUCCCACACCCGCCGUGUGCUACACUACGUCGAGAAGCCAGAGUCACAUAUCAGCAAUUUGAUCAACUGCGGCGUGUAUCUCUUCUCCACCGAGGCAAUUUUCCCAUCCAUCAAGUCAGCGAUUAAGCGUCGCCUCGACCGCCCAGCCCGCCUCGUGUCAUACCCAUCCUCCGAUAACCUCGAAUCAUACCAGUUCCCCCCUGGUGCCGACGACGACGACGACGAAUCCAGCCGUAAAAAUGAAGUGAUUCGCCUGGAGCAAGAUAUCCUCAGUGACAUGGCCGACAGCAAGCAGUUCUUCGUGUAUGAAACCCAGGACUUCUGGCGCCAAAUCAAGACGGCAGGCUCUGCGGUCCCUGCCAACGCGCUAUACCUCCAACAAGCGUGGCAAUCUGGCAGCGACGAACUCGCCCAACCUAGCGCCAACAUCGUACCACCCGUCUUCAUUCACCCCUCUGCACAAGUCCACCCUACAGCCAAGCUCGGUCCAAACGUGAGCAUUGGGCCCCGCGUGGUUGUCGGUGCUGGAGCUCGUAUCAAGGAGAGUGUCGUGUUGGAAGACUCUGAAGUCAAGCACGACGCCUGCAUCCUAUACUCGAUUAUCGGCUGGGGAAGCAGAGUAGGUGCCUGGGCACGAGUUGAAGGCACACCAGCGCCUGCAGACAGCCACUCAACGAGCAUUAUCAAGAACGGCGUCAAAGUGCAGAGUAUUACCAUAUUGGGUAAGGAUUGUGGCGUUGGCGAUGAAGUCCGGAUACAGAACUGCAUUUGUCUUCCGUACAAGGAGUUGAAGAGGGAUGUUGCGAAUGAAGUCAUCAUGUAA